GUUGGAUGGCCGGGUAAAGUACACGACGCACGCGUCUUCAAGAACUCUCCAUUGUUUGCCAUGUGUUGUGCCAGAGCUUUUCUUCCGGUCGACAAGUCGGUGAUGAUAUCUGGUGAACAUGUUCUUCCCCUGAUAUUAGGUGACUCAGCUUAUGCCCUCAGCAAUUGGCUGAUGAAACCAUAUAUUGAUCGUGGAAAUCUGACCCCGGAGGAAUGCAGUUUCAACAUAAAACACAGCACGGCUAGAGUAGUUGUCGAAAAUGCCUUCAGAAGCAUUGGAAAGAGACUGGACUUAAAAGUUGAAAAUGCUUGCAAUGUCAUCGCAGCGUGCUGUGUUUUACAUAAUUAUUGUGAGAUGCAAAACGAGUCUUUUGAUGACAAAUGGCUCAAUGAUAUUUACAUUCAUGCUGGAGUUUGUCCAGGUGAUCCAAACCAAAGGCAGAACCCAAAUGCUAUUGCAAUAAGAGAAGCAAUUAAAAGAGUCUUAAUAUAA